UCAUUUGCACCAAAUUUCUUUUCUUGCCUUGAUCUAUAGCUAGAGAUCGAACAAUUAGGGUUUCUCCAGGCUCAAACCCAAAAUUUAUCGAGUAAUUGAACAGUUCAUGUAGAUCGGGUGCUUCUGAUGUCAAAUUAGCUUUAGCUUGACUUGGAAUUCUAGGGUUUACUUGCUGAAGGUUUGAGCUUUGAGAAUCAGAGGUAUCUAGUGUGAAUUUGGAUUUUUCUUUUAGCAGCUUGCUGUCUGUUUGGACCGUAAUUGUGCUUUUUUCUAGCUAUUUCUUUGUUGUUGAAGUGUUCUAGAGAUGAAAUUCUAUACUUUGUAAAUUUGUUCAGUGUUUGAAAAACUUUGCUGGAAAUGCUUAUGGGAACGUUUGUAGAUAUGAUCUGUCGUAAGAAUUUCCAUACUUUGUACAAAAGGUCACCAGAUAUGAAUUAAUGCAAAGUUCAGUAACAGAGUUGAUCAUAUAUCUUCCUAAAUAUAUUUUUACUUUCAUGGCUUUGCUUGAUGUGAUGAGAAGGUCUGAGUACUUAAUGUUCAUCUUAAUUGUUGAUUAUAUUGUUUAAUUAAGUUGUCUUUUGACUAAUUUUGUUUAUGAAUUAGGAUGUUUGUAGAGCUAACUCCAACGGAUUCUAGAAGCAGAGACUGUUUUAUUGCAAGUAUUAGACGUGAAAGCUGAGGUAUAAACAGUCUUUGGUGGUGAAUUUUUACAGUUAGAAGGUCAGAGAUGGAAUGUAAUAGGGACGAAGCCCUGAGAGCAAAGGAAAUGGCAGAAAAGAAGUUCACCGCUAAAGACUUUUCAGGUGCCAAGAAGUUUGCCUUGAAGGCCCAAAAUCUCUUUCCAGAGCUUGACGGUAUCGACCAGAUGAUAGCAACUCUAGAUGUUUAUCAGGCUGCUGAAAUUAAAAUUAACGGCGAGAGUGAUUUGUAUGGAAUCCUCAGUUUGAAUCCUUCAGCAGAUGAGGAAACCGUGAAAAAACAGUACAGGAAAUUGGCCCUUCAGCUGCAUCCUGAUAAGAACAAGUCAAUAGGCGCCGAGGGUGCUUUCCAACUCCUUUCAGAGGCUUGGAGUGUUCUCUCUGACACGAGCAGGAAAUUAACUUACGACCAGAAGAGGAAUGCGAAAGUCUCUCGUAAUACUAAAAAUGGCUUCCAUACUAAGAGGCCUCGAAAGUGCUCCACUUCUUCUGUUCCAAUGCCAACAUCAAAUACAUUUUGGACCUCGUGCAGCCGAUGCAAGAUGCAAUAUGAGUACCUUAGGGUAUACCUUAAUCACAACCUUUUAUGUCCGAACUGUCAUGAGGCGUUCUUGGCGGUGGAAACAGGGUUUCCAUCUAAUGGAGCUGGUUCAAAUUUUUCUUGGACAGAUCCUCAACAGUAUCAUCAGAAGAAGACCAAACACAAGAAUGCUUAUGGGUCCUCAGUGUUUCAGCAUGGAGCAAAUGUUGAUUCAUAUAACACUCAGAAUUUCCAGUGGGACCCAUCAUCUGUAGCUUCUCAGGCUGCUGAUGUGGUUCAUCAGACUUAUGCAAAAGUGAAAAGGCAGAGAGAGGAAGUUCAGACAGCAGCUCGAAGGGAGGAGGCUCUUCGGAGGAAGAAUUCUAAUUCUAAGAGGAGCAUCAGUAGUUCAGGAUUUUAUAAUGCCGGUGCUGAUGGCAAUGUGCGUAGAGUUGGUAGGCCUUCAAAGAGAAGUAUCGCAGAGGAAAUUGGAGGUGCUGCUGGGACUCAGCAAGUGUUUUCGUGCAGUGGCAAAAGAGAAAAUAUAGAUGCUGGAAUGGAGAGGGCUCCUUGUGGCCCAGGAGAAACUAGUAAGAUGAGACUACCCAUGAGAAUAAACCGGUACAAUGAGAUUGACAAAAGAAAUUUGUUAAUGGAGAAGGCUAAGCGAGAGAUGUGUAAGAAGUUACAAGAAUGGAAUUCAGCUGCAGCUGCAAAAUUGGCAGAUAAAGCAAAAGCAAAGCAAAGACUGAAACAAAAGGAUAAUCGUAAUGUGGAGACAGUGUCUAGGGCUGUCGGGGAUGCUAUAAUUCGGAGAAAUAACAGCAAAUAUGUUUCUUUUAUGAAAGAACCCACUGAUAAUGGCAAGAUCGGUUCUGCUAAGGAAGUGACAAAGACUGCUACAAUUGUUGUUCCUGACCCAGAGUUUCAUGAUUUUGACAAAGAUCGCUUGGAAAGAUCUUUUGAAGGAGAGCAGGUCUGGGCUACGUAUGACAGUGAAGAUGGAAUGCCUCGUUUCUAUGCCCUAAUUCAAAAAAUCAUCUCUCUGAGACCUUUUAAGCUCCGCAUGAGUUUUCUUAAUUCAAAGAAUAACGCUGAAUUCGGGCCAAUGAACUGGGUUGCCUCGGGGUUUGCGAAAACUUGUGGAGAUUUCAGAGUGGGCAGAUAUGAAAUCACUGACACAGUUAAUAUAUUUUCUCACAGAGUUCGAUGGGAGAAAGGAUUUCGUGGGGUUGUAAAAAUUUUCCCUAUGAGAGGUGAUACUUGGGCCCUUUAUAAAAACUGGUCACCAGACUGGAACGAGCUCACGCCGGACAAUGUGAUACACAAGUAUGAUAUAGUUGAAGUUAUUGAUGACUAUAAUGAGGAGCAAGGGGUGCUCGUUACUCCUUUAGUGAAGGUCGCAGGUUUCAGAGCAGUUUUCCAUAGACACAUGGAUCCAAAGGAAGUGAAGAGGAUUCCAAGAGAAGAGAUGUUUCGAUUUUCUCAUCAAGUGCCUUCACAUUUGCUUACUGGAGAUGAAGCUCAUAAUGCACCUAAGGGAUGUCGUGAGCUUGAUCCUGCUGCUAUACCUUCGGAUCUUCUUCAGGUAAUUACGGAAUUUAAGGAGGAUGAGGCCACUGAGACUGCUGAACAACAGUCAAUAUGAAGAUAUAAUUUAGCCUACUGAGCUUCUCUAACCUCAAUUUUCCUCCAAUAUGAAGACAUAACUUAGCCUUACAUUUUUCUUGGAUUUGAGAUAAGUAACAUCAACUCUAAAGAUUCCUGCGAUUAAUGUUGUUACUCAUGGUUCCAAAUUUACCUUGUAUUUGCACUGUUAUUCUAUAUUCUUCUGUAAGUUAGUUAAUAUUUCCUCAUAUAUGUUUGUAACUUCUUGGUGUUUAAUGAAAAAUCAUAAGCACAUUGCAAGAAAUCGUCAAGGAGAUUAAUCAUUUCAAUGUUGCUUUUAUAUUGUAAUGCUCGUUGGAUUUACCUCAAGACUUCGUUUUAUAACGCAGUAGAAUUAGACUA